ACUUGAGAUGAUAUGAUGUGCUUUUAGUGGCGACAGUCUUAACUCUCUCUCACUUAACAAAAUACUACCAACGUAGUUGAAAUACCUUGUACGAUUGGAUCCAACAUAUAAAUUAUUUUAUUUGAAAGGGACACGGUGUCAGUUUAUUACGUUGUGUGGUCGAUGUGGAAAUAUAAAUUCAUUCAGGGUGUAUUUGUGACAAAUGGUUUAAAUCGGAAAAACGGAUUUUCUUUUAUAGAGUACAAAGCCUCGCAAAUUCACCGAGAACACAAAUGAUUAGAAUAAUAAUACAUCAACAACAGACAGUUUACAAUUUUACAAAAAACUCAUGCGUCGAAUAUUCUGGUGUGGUUUAUUAUUAUUAUUAUGCUGUAUAGAAUAUUAAUAUGUGAGCGACAUGUUAGGCGUAUUACCUUCUAAUCACCAUGAAGUUAUCGUAUGAAAAGUGCAUCUGUAUUUCACAUCUAAUUAUUCUCUCGGCUUCCAUGGUAUUCGGAUAUUUCGGGUUGACGUCAAGGGAACCCCUUAUUUCCCUAACCCUGGGAUAUCAAGACGGUCUCAAUAAUCGUGAUCGCUACUCAUCAGCCAAACUUUGUGAGAUGUUAAAAUUACACAGGAAACAGAAAAGAAUGUGCAGAAGAGGGAAAGGAAUAGCAGAUAGCCUUGUAGAAGCCAGUAGACUAGCUGUGAUAGAAUGUCAAUUCCAAUUCAAGCAUGAACGAUGGAAUUGUCCAUUAUUGGGACAAUAUAGACAAAAUAUACUCAAGAAAGGUUUCUCAGAAACGUCAUUCCUGUACGCAUUAUCGUCAGCAGGGCUUGUUCAUGCAUUUGCCCGUGCAUGUAGUCGUGGUGUGUUGGACAGAUGUACAUGUGAUGAAUCAAAACACUUAGAAAAUCGCAAGGCGUGGUUGUGGGGUGGCUGUGGUGAUAAUCUUAGAUUUGGAUUAAAAUUUACUCGAAAAUUUUUGAAACGAGCGCGAAAAUCGGGAAAGGAUGUACGUGCUAAAGUGGAUCAACACAAUAGCCGAGUAGGCAUUAAGGUUGUGAAAGAAAAUGUGAAUACCACGUGUAAAUGCCAUGGUGUUUCCGGUUCCUGCACAGUAAAAACAUGUUGGUUACAGUUAUCUCCCUUUAACAAAAUCGGCGAAAUUUUGAAAAAUAAAUAUGACAAUUCGCUUAAAGUGCUCAGUCAUACAAAUCAAGCCACCGGCAAAAGCCUUUUGGUGAAAAAUGUGGAUACGAAUCCAAAUGCCGAUGCGGACAAUACGGAGGGAAAAUCACCUCGCCGCGGUGAAUUGUUAUAUAUGGACGAAUCGCCCAGUUUCUGUCGUAAAAGUCGAUAUACAGAAGGAACUGGUGGGCGAGUUUGUGACAAGGAUAAGAACUGUGAGACAAUGUGCUGUGGGCGUGGUUAUAAUGUACAACACACCAUGGUAAAGAAGGCGUGUCAUUGUCAGGUUAUAUGGUGUUGUUACGUCAAAUGUAAACAAUGUUUGGAAGAGGAAGAGAUUUAUAUGUGUAAAUGACGUCAUAAGACCUUUAUGAAUAUAAUGCAAGAAUGCAAACAGUGCUAUUUUUUUAUUACCAAAUAACCAAUGAAUUUUAAUGAAUACUAAUUUAACUGUCAGUACUAGAUGAGGUGGUUGUACGUUUAUGUGUUUUACUUACAACUAUUUGAAUAGACUGAAACUGUAUAUAUCAUAUAAUAUUGUCCAAUUCCACUCAGUCUUCUGGAUAUAUAAUUCAUUUAAUUAAGCUGUAACCAAAUACGGAUGACACGUUCAUCUUAUAAUUAACAAGAAAAGAGAUGUAUUUGUGUGUAGUGAUAAAGACUGGUAUAUUGUGACUACAUUUGGUAAAUUAUUGUUAAAAUACCGAAUAUGAUUAGUCCUAUAUUCAACGAAGCACAAUUUAAGCUGAUUUAUUAACAUCAUUUUUUACUUCAUAUCGUUCUUACUCGUUAGAAAAGAAUUUGAGUUUUGACCACAAAGCUCUUUGAGAGUUCGUGCUUAAAAGAGUUUUACAUCCAUUAAAAAAUGUGCAGAAAAAUCAACAGUUUUGUAAUGGUUCAUAAAUAUAUCAACAGUUUUGUAAUGGUUCAUAAAUAUAUUUAAAGCGCAUUCCCUGGAAAGUAUUAACAUGUAUAAGGUAGUUAUUUCCAAUAAAAGUUUGGCAUAUUUGUUUGACACUCAAUCGUACUAGAUAAAUACUGGAUUCCAUGAAAAAACAGUCAUGGCGCCCCCUAACGACAAAAAUGUAAGGGUAUCAAUAACUGGUAAGAAACGGGUCGUAUGUGUUGAUCUAAUGGCUAGCGGCAGUAAGAACAGCUCGGUGGGGCUAAACCUACAGUAGACUGUCAUUAAUCGCCGGUAAAAGAAGGUGGUACAGUACAAUGCAAGAAUUAAUAUAGGCUUUAGUAAAUGGACAGCGAGUAACAACAAAUAAUAGCUAAAAUUCAUUUCUCCCACAAUCAAGUCCCGUGGCAAACAUGGCUGCUUAACACAGAUUGUUACGAAAUGCGACAUGGCUGCUUAACAUAGAUUGUUACGAAAUGCGGUAGUUUUCUUGCAAUUAAAAUGUUUCGAGAGGGAUUUGAAAUUUACUUUGAAUAAAUAAAUUAAUUUGAAUGGGUUUUUUUGUAGGUGGGAAGGCAUCUUUAAACACAAAGCUUUAUUUAUAGAAACGGUUAGAUAUUUAGUUUUAUAAACAUAUUUAUUUGUAUAUAACAAUGGCAAUAAAAUAAAUAAAAUGA